GCCAAACGUGGUUCGCGCGUUCGAGUCCGCGGUGUCUCGGUCCUCGGACUCUUGUGACUGACUUGACGCCAGUCGCCGUUACACUCGCGUACCAAACGGCCACGCAACCGCGACACGGGACGCUCGUCGACGCGACACACGGCGUCUGUUAUCGCGCGCGCCUUCCCUGAGCGAGUAUCGUCUCGACUGCCGUCCGAGCAACGAGUCAGUUCCCGACACAGGCAUUCUAGAGCACUUUCGUAGAGACGUUGAAAUUCUCUGCGCGCGGAGCAAGUUCUAUUAUUUCUUGUUGUUGACAGUGAGUGGUGUUUCGAAGAAACGAAGUUUAAGCAGCAAAGCCUCACGAAGCUGCGUCGGUGUACGUGGAAUUGGGGCGUGUUUAUGCCCUACAAGAUACGCUGCUCCUGUUGAAGAAGGACAAACUGAAAGAAGUUUGUCGCUAAUUGAAAUUCAUUAUACAAUAAUUCGAUUUGCAUUUAUAGAAUUGGCUUUAAACGUGGAUUCGUAGUCUUUCUUUCUAAAUACGUCAUUAUAAUAUAUUUCGAGUAAUAUACUAUAUGAACUCGUAAAUAAGUCGAAUGACUAACAGAGUCUCUACGUCGGGGCGCGAGAUAAUUUCGAAUAUAUGACUGAAUGUCUAAUCGCGUAAACCCGUUUCCUGUAGAAUCGGCCAGGUACGUUCCGAGUGUUAAGUCGUGCUAGAAGAGAGUGUCAAAGUGCGCAACCCGAGAGAACUGUUUUGUGAUUUAAACUAAAGAAAGAAAAACGAUCAACCGUGAAAACAAUAAAACUUGAAUCGGUUGCCAAUAGCAUACCCAUUUCUACGGUAUAUAAUAUCUGCUGUGGUUUGCAAAAGAGCAUUCUCGCGUUCCUGGUGAAGUGAAACACGCCAAGCGAACGUCGCAAAAAGAUUGUACCAAUAUUUUCCUAGCCGUAAAACCACGUCGACCGAAGGCCCUGAGAUUCACGUCGUAAAUUACCCGACAUUAAACUGAAAUAACAUUGUUCUCAUUGGAUCUCGUAGAGGAAUUAAUACACAAAUCUUAAAUUAAUUUCAAAAAAUACCUUACAGUCACUCCGUCGACGUCGUGUUUGUUAUUAUGUGUAUAGCGUGAACCUGGUGUAUUUCCCUAGCACGUGGUAUAAGGUGCGACCGGUGUUAUAAAGUGUCGAUAGCGACAUGUCAUAUGUGGCCGCAUACAAUAUCGAGUGCGUCGUCGUCCUUCAUCGAAGGCAGUAACGCGUCAAAGGACGACAUAAUACUGGAAACCAACUGCCCAAGGAACUCUUAUAAGAUAACGGGAGUGCGCGAGAGACGUAGGAAGCGCAGAAAGUCCAGGAAGAUACGUCACGGCUAUCAUACGCAGAACGGAAAACGGGAUAGUUGGUGCCGGAAGGAUGUCAUCGAGCAUCUUCUCCUUGACCUGGUGCGUCCUGCGAGCGUCAUUCCUCAAGAAGUCCGAGCGCUCGUGAAACACACCAAGAGUAAGUGUCUACGGCGAUGCCCUCGUCGCAGACAAACAGUCAGGACAGGAGAGACGGGAGAAUUGCCGAGGUGGUUAUGCACUUUUUUCCAAGGAACAGACGACAUUUCCUGCCAGAUUAUGCAGCUGAAGAAAGCGAUGCUUAAGAUAUUCGAUCAAUGCCUGCAUUUGCGGAGCAUCGAGGAGCCGAGGAUGACGGCGGAGACGGCAGCUCCGUGUGUGCAGGGUGUGCAAGGAGUGCAGAGCGUCCAGGGUGUGAUGGCUGGUCAGAUGACGUUACAGCAGUCACAGGAUGCCAAAUCUGGUGGUUAUUAUUCAUCUACUUCGGCGGUUUACGAUCCGGAGUAUGCAAGGAUGGAGGCCUGGCUGGACGAGCAUCCUGACUUUGUUAACGAUUACUUUCUCAGGAAAGUCACGAGACAAACUGUGGACAUGUGGUUGGUAUCUCACGCGACACCAACCUCAUCCACCGGAAGCUGCUUGGAACUGGCAAGUCCAACCCAUGCGGGAGGUACGUCGUCCUCGGGCAGAGGAGGUUCCGGUGGUUCAGGUGCCACAACUCCAGUUCGAAAGAUAUCAGCACAUGAAUUCGAACGUGGUGGUCUCCUUAAACCAAUCGUAAACACCAUCGACGGUACGCCGACCUUCCUCAGCGUAUGUCCUGGCGAUUCGGGACAACCUGGAGGACAACAAGUAGGUGCAGGUAAUGCUGGACGUCCUCAGAGAAGAUCCAGACACGAGCUCAGGCAUCUGGACGAGAAGGAUCUGAUAUUUGAAUUGGUAAAGGAUAUCUGCAACGAGCUGGACGUCAGGUCCCUCUGCCAUAAGAUUCUGCAGAACGUCAGCACCCUCCUUCACGCGGACAGAGGUUCCUUGUUCCUGGUCCAGGGUGAACGCGGUGGCGGCUGUAUGCCAUCUUCGCACAACCACGUGGAAGACAGUUCCGGAAAUGGAAGUAGCAGUCCCACGUCGAGUAUAAGAUAUCAGAAUAAUUACUCCAACUCGAGGAGCAGGUGUCUCGUGUCAAAGCUCUUUGACGUCUGCUCGAGGUCGACCUUACUCGAGAUGGAGAAGAAGGAGGAGAUCAAAAUUCCAUGGGGCACUGGGAUAGUCGGCUAUGUUGCUGAGAGUGGGGAACCCGUCAACAUACCGGAUGCGUACAAGGAUGCCAGAUUCAAUAGGCAAAUCGACGCUCUGACCGGAUAUAGAACCAGAGCUCUUCUUUGCAUGCCCAUAAAGGAUUGCAGUGGUGACGUCGUUGGGGUUGCUCAGGUCAUCAAUAAAUUAGGGGGUGAAGCUCAAUUCACGGCUCAAGACGAGAAGAUCUUCGCUGGGUACCUCCAGUUCUGCGGUAUAGGACUGAGAAAUGCUCAACUGUAUGAGAAGAGUCAAUUGGAAGUGAAGAGAAAUCAGGUUUUAUUGGAUCUGGCCAGGAUGAUCUUCGAGGAGCAAAGUACUAUUGAGCACAUGGUACUCAGAAUCCUUACUCAUACUCAGUCUCUCAUUCAGUGUCAACGUGUUCAGGUAUUGCUGGUUCACAAAGCAUCCAAGGGAAGUUUUUCGCGCGUCUUUGAUUUCGAGGCGAAUGACCUCGCCGAAGACACGGAUUCCCGCACUAGUCCGUUCGAGAGCAGAUUUCCUAUUAAUGUUGGAAUCACCGGUUAUGUGGCUACAACGGGUGAGACGGUCAAUAUCCCCAAUGCCUACGACGAUCCGAGAUUCGAUGCAUCCGUCGAUGAUGGGACAGGUUUCCGUCACAGGACGAUCCUCUGUAUGCCCAUUAAGAAUUCUUCAGGUCAGAUCAUCGGGGUCAUUCAACUGGUCAAUAAGUUCAACGACCUCGCGUUCACGAAGAACGACGAAAAUUUCGUGGAGGCCUUUGCUAUAUUCUGCGGCAUGGGCAUUCAUAAUACGCAUAUGUACGAGAAGGCUGUGAUUGCUAUGGCUAAGCAAAGCGUUACUUUGGAAGUACUAAGUUACCACGCGUCCGCCUCUCUCGAGGAUGCUCAAAGAUUGAGGCAGGGCUUAAGGGUGCCGUCCAGUGCCCACUUUCAGCUACAUGACUUCAAGUUUGACGACAUCCAUAUGGAGGAUGACGAAACCCUUACCGCCUGUUUACGUAUGUUCCUGGAUCUUGACUUUGUCGAGCGUUUCCAUAUCGACUACGAUGUCCUGUGUCGAUGGUUACUCAGCGUCAAGAAGAAUUACCGUAACGUCACCUACCACAAUUGGCGACACGCAUUUAAUGUAGGUCAGAUGAUGUUCGCCAUUUUGACCGCCACUCAAUGGUGGAAGAUCUUCGGCGAGAUAGAAUGUCUGGCACUGAUGAUCGCCUGUCUCUGUCACGAUUUGGAUCAUCGUGGUACAAAUAAUUCCUUUCAAAUAAAAGCCUCGUCACCUUUGGCACAACUUUAUUCCACUUCUACAAUGGAACAUCAUCACUUUGAUCAGUGCUUAAUGAUUCUAAGUAGCCAGGGUAAUCAGAUCCUUUCGAAUCUCUCGCCAGAGGAAUACUCCCGGGUGGUUAAAGUCCUGGAGGAAGCUAUCCUCUCUACCGACCUAGCCGUUUACUUCCGGAAGCGCGGUGCCUUUCUGUCCUUAGCACGUGCAGGAAGUUACAAUUGGGCGUACAGCGAUCAUCGUGAUCUUCUUCGUGGUAUGCUAAUGACAGUUUGCGACCUGGCGGCUAUCACAAAGCCCUGGGAGGUGGAGAAACGUGUCGCCGAGCUGGUUAGCAGUGAAUUCUUUGAGCAGGGCGACAUCGAAAGGCGGACUCUCAAUAUAACGCCAAUCGAUAUAAUGAACAGAGAGAAGGAGGAUCAGUUACCAAUGAUGCAGGUCGGUUUCAUUGAUUCCAUUUGCCUUCCCAUAUACGAGGCUUUUGCCAUUCUCUCCGACAAGCUCGAGCCUCUGGUACAGGGUGUAAUAAUGAACAAGGAACACUGGCUGGCGAUCGCAGAAGCACAAGAAGGUACUACAGAGAACUGCACGAAUCACGACAGGUCGUCAGAAGCGGGAUCGGAUAACGAGGAAGCCAGUGAACAGGCGGACCAAUAGUAGUUACCGAAAAUCCUAUAAAGAGGACGCGUACGAUUUAUGAGAGUCAUACUAUGGUCAAUUUCUUAAUGACUUUACGUCUUUAUAUUUUAGACCAAAAUCCUGGUGACUCUUUAACCUGCACAUUGUAUUUUCUUUAUGGGAGACGGCUUGGUGGAUCAGUUUGCGGAGUCUCUCGUUGCGUAUAGGGUUUGAAACACAUAGUGAAAGAGAGGACGAGGCGUCACGAUGUCCAUGGGAAUAAAUUGACGACACAAAGACUCGAAAGUCAGUGCGUCCAUUGCGAUGCACUGUGAUAGAUAGUAUUCAAAAAGGGCUAUGAUACCUUAUAAUUUAACGGUUUAGCCAAUCAUCACCAGACUUAAGUAUCUUAUUUAAUAAGUUUCCAAGUGUGCACUUGUGUCCGGACUGGACUGUACUAUCCGCCAUUGCCUAUUGACCACGUAUAGAAGUAUGGUCAAGCAGAUACGGACGUGUUGCGUGAUUUCAACCAAAUUCUUAAAAUAGCACUAAAAAUAAUGUGGUAAGAUCUCUUACGAUUUUACUGGGAGAUUUUUAGAAGAGAGGAUUUUAAGAAAUUAUAAGAACUGCUAUUAAAGCCCUCACUCUCAUCAGUCAAGUAGUGUUGGCCAUCACUGUGAUUGUUUGGUAAUGCGAGAAAUUAUUUGGAAGACACGUGGCGUAUGUAGCAUGCGUUCGUGAUAUCAUGAUGAAGAUGAGAUGCAAAAUUAGAGAUACAUGGGAAAAAAGAUUAAAAAAUUAUAUAUAUAUAUAUAUUAUAAAAAAAAGAAGAAUUUUACGAAGAUGAUGAUGAUUAAGAAUAGAAGCUCUCUCUGACACGGUGCUCUGUUUAGUAUGUAAUUAUUAUUGCAAUUCUACGAUCGGGCACCGAUUUAUAUUUAUUAAAUGACUUUUUAUCGAUAAGGUUUUAACGAUAGCGUAAUUAAAAGUAACGACGUGCAUCAUUAGUCUUAAGGGAAUAUGGGCGAUCUCCAACGGUUUUCUUGCAACCCUACGUAUUAAGAGAGACGGAAGAUAAGAAUGAAAAUUCGCAUGUUUCAAACUUUUCGAAAAAUUGACUUUCAUUUUAAAUCACGUCGAAUGUCAAAAAUCAUUAGGACUUUAAAUUACACGAACACUGUGUAAUUCAUAACCUAAGAACCGAAGAACUUCUGGUACCAGGAUAUUUAUUAUCAAGUAAUAACGUGACGUUAUACUUUUGGGAUAACGUCAAAGAAUAUUAAUGUUUCACGUAUUUCCAUAUUAAGAGAAAAACAAAACUAUACAAAACUAAACAAAAGCAUCCCCACUCCGAAAUGCUACUUUUGUACCUGAUUGUAUUGUAUGCCCCUGCAGCAAACCGUUGGACGCGAUAACUGUACGAAUUUAAAAAUCUUAUAAACUUGAUACGUCAAUGAUAAAGACGAUGAGAAUAAUGAAGAAUAAUGGAAGCAAGAAAUUUAUUAAAAAGGAAAAAAAAAGAAUUUUCUAAUGACGACGAUUAAAGGAACCAAUAAUCAGAGUGUGGGACGAUGCUGAAUAUUAAUCAUGCCGUAAGAGGGAUCGUUCUCUAUCGAUAUACAAUUAAACAGGUGUUUUACGGGCACAGCUAAGACGUACGCGCAAAGAUGUUUAUUUUUAACUAUACGAUAUAUGUAAUUAGGUAAUGUAUUCGUAUACCAAAGUGUAUAUUUAUAUCGGAUUGUAGCGUCGAAAUGUCGACGGCCAUGUUUUUUCUCCCGGGUUCACUGACACACACGACACACAGAGUGACACAAAUCUAGUACCCACUGUCAAUAUAUAUAUAUAUAUGUAUAACGCGUGCUAAUUCGUUAGGCGAUUAAGGACAGACACGUGCAUGCGCCAUAGCGAAUUGCACCUUCAUAUUCUUUUUACCCCUAAUCCGCAAAUGUUUAUUUUCUAUCUUGUUCCGUCCCUAUUUUUUCGUCCAACAACUCCCUUUCUACAUCCCCUCAUUCAGUGUUUUGUAGAAAUGAUUUUUAAUAUUAUUCAAACAAAUUUUCUUUUUUCCUUCAUUUCUUUCCCCUCAAACAGUCAUACACACAUCCCAUUCGCACGUUAUAUAUAGAGGUACAUAUGUGUAUUUAUCGCAACCCAGAACAUUAGGGUUAUAAAUGUAUUUAGGUUUGUCAAGGGUUGAGGAUCGAAGUUUGAUAAAAUGGGAGAUAAUUAAAGGGAGAGGGACAUAUCGCACAAAGUGACUUUACUCUUUCUAUUUUAUUUAUUUUUUAUUUUUUUUUGUUAACUCGUCGUAGAUGGUGAAUAUGACGUUUCCAUCGGUUCGUCAUUAAACAGAUAAAUAAAUAAAUAAUGGAGCGAUCAAGGAGCAAAUGAUUGCCCGAAUUUCAUCGGGUAAAUUGGGAAUGUGGGAUAAUUAAAUGCGAUAAGUUUCGCAGUGCGCAUGCGCGUACACAAAGUGUCGUGUGCUCGUUACUUAUUAUAUAGUUCGUGUCUUCUAUGUUCCUUUACUGUUAAAACGUCUUGAUUCUGUUUUUUUUUUACAUAUGUAUAUAUAAACACAUAUACACAUAUUAUUGCUAUUAUAAAUAACCAUUCAAACUGAUAGCCAUGCCCGAUCAGGUGGUAAUUAUAACAAUGACAGAGUAAUAGCGUCAGUCUUUUUUGUUCUCUGUACAGCUCCCGAACUCCUUUCUUUUUUUCUUGUAAAUUAUUAAUCGAGAUAACGUACGCUGAUUUAUUGUUAAAAUUAACUAUAGCACCGAGAGUUAUAUUAUUAUAUGAACAAUAUCUAAUAUAUUAAAGCGAGACUAAAUUAUGUGAUA